GUUAUUGCCAGGAUAUUUACGCGGAUGGAGGAGUAGAAAUAAUUGACAAUAAACACACAUCGUAUGCCUCCGACAAAAGUGCCGGCAAUUUGUGCAGCAAAUUGAGCCAACGCGUUAUCAAUGAUAACUUCAUCUCCGUACGUCGUCGUGUGAAGCUCUGCGGUCGCUGACGGCUGUUCCGACUCGGUGAAAUGGAGCACAUCCGAACGCCAAAGGUGGAGCAGGUGCGACUGUUGGAUCGCUUCAGCAACAAAUUCACCAAUGGCACGCUGUACCUCACAGCAACACAUCUCAUCUUUGUGGAGAGCAGCUCAAACAACUCCACGUCUGCCGCUCAGGAGAUCUGGAUUUUGCACCACCAUAUAGCGUCUGUGGAGAAGCUCUCCCUGACCGCCACAGGCUGUCCUCUGGUCAUCCAGUGUCGCAACUUCAGGCUGGUUCAUUUCGUGGUGCAGAGGGAGAGAGAUUGCCACGACAUUUACAGCUCGCUGCUGCGUCUCCUUCGGCCUGUAUCGUACGAGGAGCUCUACGCGUUCUCCUACAACCCCAAACAGAACGACCAACAGAGAGAGGAAGGGUGGCAAAUCAUUGACCUCGGGGCGGAGUUUGAGAGGAUGGGCGUCCCCUGCGACCAAUGGCAGCUCACGAACGUCAACAGAGACUACAAGGUGUGUGAGACAUAUCCGCGGGACCUGUAUGUUCCCAUCACAGCCAGUAAGCCCAUCAUUGUGGGGAGUUCCAAGUUCAGAAGCAAAGGACGCUUUCCUGUACUCACAUACUUUUACCAAGAAAAGAAGGCGGCAGUGUGUCGAUGCAGUCAGCCUCUCUCUGGGUUCAGCGCGCGGUGCUUAGAGGAUGAGAGCAUGCUGCAGGCCAUCAGCAAGGCCAAUCACAACAGCCGAUUCGUCUACGUCAUGGAUACCAGGCCAAAGUUGAAUGCGCUCGCUAAUCGAGCAGCGGGUAAAGGCUACGAGAACGAGGAUAACUACUCCAACAUCCGCUUCCAGUUCGUUGGCAUUGAGAACAUCCACGUAAUGAGGACCAGCCUGCAGAAAUUGCUCGAAGUGAUUGGGACUCGGUCUCUUUCCAUGAGCGACCACCUGGUUGGCCUGGAGAGUUGCGGCUGGCUGCGGCACAUCAAGGCUGUCAUAGAUGCAGCUAUCUUUCUCAGCAAGGCGGUGACAGUGGAAGGAGCCAGUGUGUUAGUUCAUUGUUCAGACGGAUGGGACAGAACAUCCCAGGUCUGCUCACUGGGGGCGCUGCUCAUGGACCCUUACUACCGCACUGUCAAGGGCUUCAUGGUACUGAUAGAGAAAGACUGGAUCUCCUUUGGCCACAAGUAUGCCGACAGGUGUGACCAGUUGGACGGGGAUCCAAAGGAGGUGUCCCCCAUCUUCACUCAGUUCCUGGAGUGUGUCUGGCAGCUGACGGAGCAGUUCCCGCAGGCAUUUGAGUUCAGCGAGUGGUUCCUGCUGCAGAUUCAUGAGCAUGUCCACUCCUGUCAAUAUGGGAACUUCCUUGGCAACAAUCAGAGACAGAGAGAGGACUUGCGGCUGAGAGAGCGGACCCACUCACUGUGGGCAUUUCUAAUGAGUGAAAAACAGAACUACCUGAAUCCGUUCUACAGCACUGCGUACUCUGAAACACACCCCGUGCUGGAGCCUUCCACUCUGCCCUACCAUUUCAAGUUCUGGAGGAACAUGUACCACCAGUUUGAUCGGUCUAUGCACCCACGUCAGUCUAUCCUCAAAACCGUUCUAACUCUGAGGGAGAACAGCCGCAAGGCAGAGAGCACAUUUCAAGCACUGGAGAAUCGGCUCCACCAGCUCGGUGUCACCCCCAUUGUGACCUCUGACCCUCCUCCGCCCACCAGAGAUCAGCGCUCAAACUCCAACAGCAUCCCGCCGCGUCCCGAUUCCCUCAUUCUCGGGGCACCCAUAAACCACAAAGAGGUGCAGCGACAGGAGGAGGAGGACCAGCAGCAGCAGCAGCAGCAGCAGCAGCAGCAGCAGGAGGAGGAGGAGGAGGAGGAGGAGGAGGAGGAGGAGGAGUUGGGCGAGGAGGCCACAGAGAGCACUGACACGGAGCGGACAGUGGAGGGCAGCAGCGGCACCGAGAGCAGGAAGCAGAGCUACGGAGAGCUGGAAGGGACAUACAACAGCGAGUCGGCAAAAGAGGAACCGGCGGUUGUCAGCCUGGAGUUUGGAGUGGCACGCAUGACCUGCUGAGACCAAACAGGGGGAUUGUGGGAUGCUGAGGGAAAUGCGCGGCUUACUGAAAGUGUGUGUGUGUGGCAAGGGGAAGCUGUCGUUCUGUAUGUGAUAACCUGCUGAUUGCGCAAUGGUCCUGAAUGGGCAGAAUGAAUGAAGUUGUAUGUGUGUAUAGUCUAAAUCUCAAUGGAAAGCGUCAUUAUUAUGUCAUAUACUGCACCUAUAGGGGGAAAAAAAAGAAAAGAAAAAAGCUUGUUUUUUUUUUAUGAAUGUUAAAAAGCACUAUAGAGAACUAAUGAAUAGAAUAAGAGAAUAAAUUCAUCCAAAAAAUAGUGACUCUUCUAGUUUGUUCAGCAUUUUAUAUAAUCCUAAGCAUAUGACCUCGAUAUUCUCAACAAAUACUCGUAUUUAUCCGCAUGAAAACCCACAGAAAAUCACUUUUUUUGGCACCAGUAAUAUUUCAUCUGGUCCAAAGGCUUGAAACCAGCCUAAUCUGAAUGUUGUUUGUGACCUGAGCUGAUUUUGCAUCAAUGUGACUGAUUGAAAAAAAUAAAACAUCAAAUUCUACAUCAGCAAAGAUAAUCUGGCACUGGAAACUAUGCUGAGCCAAAAUUUGGCCUCAAUUCUAACUGACUAAACGCAGUUUUUAUAUAAGUAGUCACUGGUCCUUUAACUAUUACUGUCACAAUGGACAAAUGAACUGUGACGAUCAGACCCUGAAGAGGUUCAGCUGUCUUCCUCAUUGAUCAUUUAACCCUAUUUUACAUCUCGCAUUGAUUAGAUAAUCCGACUUACUAAAGUGCAUUGAUCCCAAAAUCCUAUUGGUCAUUUGUCGUUAUCAUUUUUAUACACCCUUAUUUUAACAAGGUUAACUGCCCUCGGGAUGUGGAUUGUUAAUUUAGGUCUGAAUUUCAUAUUUAUAUUCAAGCCAGAGUGUGUGUGUUGGCUCCGCUUUUAUUAAAGACCAUAAUAAAUUCAUUCCAGACCGAGGUUGUAACUUUGCUUCAUAUCGGAGCUCAGGAAGGAUUUGAUCUUUAUUGGAUUGAAUUUCCUGUACAGGCAAACAUCUUCCUCUAUCAGAUUGCUGCAGAAGGACUGUGUGUGUGUGUGUGUGUUUGUAGGUGUGUGUGUGUGUGUGUAUCUGCAAAUUCAUGAUAAUCUACAUUAAUUUGAUUUGUGUCGUGCAUGGCACUCAAGGGAACAAAGCUAACUUCACAACAACAGAGCACCUUAUGUGCUUCUACAUACUUUAUGGAAUUUGUGCUGGCAGCACUGGCAGUGAACUAGUUCCUUCUGAAGCGCCACUCUCUUUAUCGUCCUAGGAAUAAAUAGAGUUUUGUGCUCACACAGCAAUCAGACAAAGUGGCCACUGGCCUCAGAUGAACCAAUGUCUAUGAGCAGCUACAACAACUUGCAAUAAAGAUGGACUGGCAGUGUGAUGUGUCAGCUUAAUCCAAAGCUCCUUUCUCUUUACAAUCAGAGGAAAAAGGACACAAUAAGUGACGCACAGAGUAAACACACAUUUAGAAGAAUGAAGAAUAGGGUUUUUAGCCACCUUAAAUUCACUUUUCAUUCAUAUUUUAACUCUCUUGUUCUCGCAAAGGUUUCUCUAACUUCAAAUUUUUAUAAUAACGGUAACGUACAGUUAAAUGUUCAUCCCUCACAUGUGAAUUAACAGUCAAUGCUGUCAAUUAACCAUAACAGCAGACUACUGUAAUUUAUCAGCAUAAUACAGUAUUGUGGUGGAAAUAUGCUUCUCUAUACAAGUUCAGUGAAUCACAAUCCAUAUACAUUGUACUGUCGAUUGUAGGUUAAUGUGUCUGUAAUGACGAUAGAAUAUUUUGUAUUAGUCAAACUGUUCAUUGCCUAAAAGUCAUUUUUGAGUCUCAAGACGUGACCGACUGCUCGUGAACGUGACUUUGGAGCACAGCUUCAGUUCAUCCUUCUGAGCAGCCAUGUGGAGAUCAGUCGAGGAGCCGAGGUCAAGUUACGCUUAUAAGCCGAAAUUCAAAGUCUCCAGUAUUGUUUUGUCUUCAUGAUUAUUGAACUGUUAACAUCUUAGAUAAUGUUUUACUUGGUCUGUUUUGUUACAUUAGGUUGAUAGCUAGCUCGAGCUCAAUUAGCCUUAGAAAAGUUAGCUAGAUAACAGCAUAGCAAGUUAAGUUAGCAUAAAUAAAGUUAAUCACCAAUUACAGUGUAACGUUAGUAACCUAACUUGUGUUUACUUGUGCUCUUAUUGAACCGACUAGGACCGCAAACAGGACGAUUAUCAAAAUGGAGGGGACCAGAAAUGGCUGACGUGUGUUCAAGACGAUGAACAGUUGAGGUAACGCUAACAGUAACAUUACCUGUGUGUUAUCUCAGGAGCAACAUUAAAACUAGAUCAAACUCAUUUUAGUGUUGAACGUUAGUCCAUUGUGGUCCAUUGUCUUAGCUUCAUUUCGUCACCUAACGUAAUCGGCUCAUCGUAUAGGCAAGUCUGUUAAUUUAAACUGUAUGGUAUUGUUGUAUUAGCUUUUUGCAAAGACUUGCACUGAUAUGUGAACAUGUGUGAGGCACAUGCGAACCCACAGUUGCACACCCAAAGCUUAUUUUAAGUGUGUUUAUCCUGGAUGUCAUAGAACUUUCCAAAAGUUCAGAACAUUGUGUUUCUAAAGUUUUUAUUUUGUUUGUUUUACAGUCACUCGUCAUCAGAGAUUGAGGAUACCAGCCAGACACUGCAGUCAAGUCCUCUUUUAAGGUGUUCUCUCUUUAUUGUUUUCAUUCAUGUGUGAGUUCAUGCAGUUCAAAUUAACUAUAAAUGUGUAUAAGACUUGUUUACAAGCUAGACUGUGAUGCAGUUCUAUUACACUGUUCUUGAUACUAUUUUAAUUCAGCGUUUCACUCUUAAUGCUAUUUUAAUUCAGUGUCUGAGGGAGUGACACUGAGAUCAAAAAGUGUCUGAUGGUAUGUCACUGUUGUUCCCCGGUAGAUACCUAUACCUGGAUUGGUAUGUCACUGUUGUUCAUCGGUAGAUACCUAUACCUGGAUUGGUAUGUCACUGUUGUUCAUCGGUAGAUACCUAUCCCUUGAUUGGUAUGUCACUUAUUCAUCGGUAGAUACCUAUCCCUGGAUUGGUAUGCCACUGUUGUUCAUCGGUAGCGACCUAUCCCUGGAUUGGUAUGCUACUGUUGUUCAGCGGUACCUAUCCCUGGAG